UAAAUAGCGAAGGACACUUAGUGACUCAGUGAAGAAGUGGAAGUUUAUUUCUUCACCUGGGUGCCAGCACAGAGAAGAGUCUUGUUGCAGGUCUUCUGUGUGUCUUGAGGGAUGGUGGAUCAGGUGGAGCAGUACUAGAAACUGGAAGGCAGCGUACUGCAGAACAGAGUUUGAUUCGAGCCUUUAUGGAUGUGGGAGCGGGUCCAGCUACAGCUUUACAGGCGAGCGUCAGCGUUUUAAAUCUGGCGUGAGCCGCUACAGGGAGUCGAAGGAGUGAACGCAGCAGUGGGGUGACGUGGGAUCUCUUCAGGAGGUUGAAAACAAUGGAUGAGUUGUAGCGGUCUGAUGGCACAGAAGGAAGGCCUGCCAGGAGCGAGUUACAGAAGCGCAAUCUCGAGAUGACAAGACAGUAAACAAGCACAUGAGAGACUUUUGUGGAGAGAAAUGGUCUGAUACCGUUUGUGCUAGCAUGUGAAUAGUAUGUGAGACAGUAUAUAUGUGUGUGUGUUAGACAUAUUAUUAUUAUUAUUAUUAUUAUUAUUAUUAUUUUUAAAAUCCAAUCGUUUGGUAUAACAGUGUAGUUUAUACGGUCUAAAUAUUUGAGCCUUAGCUGACAGUCAGCUCAUGUAAACAACUUGCGUGUAAGCUCCGGCAGGUGGCAGUAUUAGGUUUCCGGACACAUCGAACUGCUUUUGAUAGAACGAAAAAGAGCGUGCACCGGAUAUCCUUCAGCCUUGCAUUGUGGGAUUAAGUCCGGAGCUCGCGAGUGUGGACGUGAAUAUAAUGGCCGUAAUGAAUUAGCUGCGGCUUGGCGGCGCAGGACCCGCAGCUCGGUGCACGCAGAGCUGUUGCUAAGCGCGUGUAGUCGCGAGAUAACGUCAGAACGUGCCCGGCGACGCGUCUUAGACAUGCGCUCCAUCACGCACGAGCCCGACCUUAGACGUGCUGUGAUCCGCGCGAAGCAGAGCGGCUAGCCGUGCGUUUCAAGUCACGAAGCCACCUUACUGUCACCUUACUCUCACCUUACUCUCACCUUACUGCCACUCCGCCUCUUCAGCAGGAGCACCGCCUCGCGCCGGCGCGACCGAGGCUCGCGGCGGACCUAGGUGGCGCGUGCGCCGUCGCGUCGUCUGGUGUUGGGGUCCGGAAACUCCGGCAAAGACCCCCCGAUGGCGUCCUCGUCUGGGAACGACGACGACCUCACCAUCCCGAGGGCGGCGAUCAACAAGAUGAUCAAAGAGACGCUGCCCAACGUGCGCGUGGCCAACGACGCCAGGGAGCUCGUGGUCAACUGUUGCACGGAGUUCAUCCACCUCAUCUCGUCGGAGGCAAACGAAAUAUGCAACAAGUCGGAAAAGAAGACCAUCUCCCCAGAGCAUGUGAUAAACGCACUGGAAAGCCUCGGCUUUGGGUCGUAUAUAGCAGAAGUGAAGGACGUUUUGCAGGAAUGUAAAACGGUUGCGCUGAAACGGAGAAAGGCAAGCUCACGCCUGGAAAACCUCGGCAUCCCUGAGGAAGAACUCCUCCGUCAGCAGCAAGAGCUCUUCGCCAAGGCCCGACAGCAGCAGGCGGAGCUCGCGCAGCAGGAGUGGCUGCAGAUGCAGCAGGCAGCCCAGCAGGCACAAUUGGCAGCGGCUGCAGCGUCUGCCGGCUCCGCCCACCAGGCCGGCUCUGCCCAGGAGGAGGAGGAAGAGGACGACAUGUGACGCCGUUCACAGACGGAAGACGUUUUCUCUCUGUUGACUUUUUUUUUUUUUUUUGUCUGUCAUGUUUUUCCCCCUCCCAUAUGGUUAGCCUUUUCUUCUCUUUCUUUUUUGUUCCAGUCUGUUUUUAUUUCAAGGGCGUGUUUUGAUUUUUCCACUCCAUCAGAGCUGUUCCGUUCCAAGGCGCCGUAGUGUGUGUGCAUCGUAAUUUGGGGGCAACGAGUCAUAUUGUGUUUAGUAGCAUGAGCUGCGUUGUGUUGACUUGCUCAUGUGUGUAUGCAGGAGUGAGCGUGGGAGCACUGGGAUGGGGCUCCUGUUUUAGGUGAACUAGAGUUCUUGCUCGCAUUUUGUUUUUGUAAAAUAGUUACAAAAAUGUGUUUUUCUCUUUUUUUGGCAAAGUGAUUUUUACAGUAAUGUUUCUUUCAUCUUCCUCUGUACGUUAUGCAGAGUGCUGAUCUGGAAAACAAUGUAAUAUAGGAUUUUUCUUUUUGUUUAAUUUUAGGUUAAGAAUACAGUAUACGUAGAAUGCAGCUAGUGUCUGGCCUGUGUUCAGAACAGUAUUGAAAUGAAAACCAUUACAAACUAACAUCUGUCUCUUUAGUACCAAAGACAGAAAAGACACUUAAGUCACCAGAUAGUCUUAAGAAAUCUCCUGUUUUUCACCAUCUCUGCUGAAUGAAAGGCUCUGGUCUGAACAGUACUCGAGUCACUGUAAGUGUGUUAAUGGCAAAUAUCGCAUUGUAAAAUGUUUUCACAUCAGAACGGAUGCCUUCCCAUCCAUUUUUUCUGGUGCAGUGUGUUGGUUGCAUUGUGAAUGCGUGGUGAAUUAUCUUGUGACGACUGGUACGUUUUAGGUGUGUGUUCACAUGCCUUUGCAGAAGCUGUAAGCUGUAUUCUCUAAGCAAUAAAAUUCAACAUGUUUUAUAGUCA